AUGCCAGAUUUGGGCCACAGAAAGUCGUGUAAGCCGUGUCGACAACGUCACCUAAGAUGCGAUCGGGGCACUCCGAAAUGUUCCAAUUGUCGGAAGCCCUCCCCUCCCCUCAAGUGUUUCUACGAGCCCAAGGAACUAAGGUUCCGACGCUGUCUCAUCUCGUCACUCGUUGAUAACGGUGUAACGAGUACCGUUACCGGCAGCAAUAGUAGCACUGUUAACCUGAACCAGAACGCAGGCUCAGUAGCCAGCAUUCAUGAGACUAGCGACCAUUGCAGCGAUGGCGCCGCCACACAACAUUCCGAUGAGGAGCUCGCAGAGGAGCCGGGUCUUCAAAUGACAUCAGCCUCUGUUACAACGCCCGUGCCUUCAAACUCGAACUCCACUGUGACGCUCAGUGAGCGCAGAAAUUUAUCCCAAAAUACACCUCAAGGUGAAACCCUGUCUCUAUCGGAGCCAUCGGCGGACUUGCUCGCAGACAGGGGCUCCGAUGGUCUACGCAUCAAAACAAUCUCGUCGAGAGAUACUCUGAGCCGAGUUACGCCUCCCCAGGAGCCCUCUCCUGAAUCGUCACUGGCUUUCACGCUACUGCCUCCACCAGGAGUUUACAGUAUCACGAAUGAAAUAGAUGCAUACAUCUUUGGUUUCUAUUUGGAAAAGGCGGGGCCAUGGCUAGACAUCGUGUCACCAAAUAACUACUUUGGUGUUCACGUCCCCCGCUUGAUGGCGGUUGAGCCCGUAUUAGGCUCGGCGUGUCUUGCCUACGCAUCUCUUGUCUUACAUCUGCAAGGCCAGAUCCCCGCCCAUAUCAAGGACGACCUGCAUGACCGUGCCCUGAGACAUUUAAUACCUCUGCUUACCUCCUACCGUGAGGAUCGCGGACACCUUCAGGACCUAGGUCCUGUCCACGCCACCACAGUCAUCUUGCGAAUGACGGAGCAAUUCCUGGAACUCGGAGAGGAUAAGCAACAUCACCUCCAUGGAAGCUCCACGCUCUUUGAGACGGCUUAUCACGAUUGGUCGCUCCUCGACAAUUCUAUGUCUAGCACGUCGUUCUGGGCAUAUCUUAGGGGGAGCUUACGAAUCUCAUUUCUGCAGGAGAAGCCAUGUGCGUUCAAGCUGAAUCACCUGGAGAUGUGGCGCUAUGCGUCGGGAGACCUGUCCCUUACAGACGAGGCUCGAACAAACCUGAUGACCUAUCUGCUAGCAGAAGUCUGCACAAUAUGCUGGGCUCCGAGAACAUGCUCCGAAACGACCAUGGCUAAAUUGGAGGAGUUAGGUAAGGCCAUCGCUGAAUGGAAGCGCUGUCUUCCGAUUUCCUUCCAGCCAUGGUAUUUUCGACGCAAAGAGGGUGACGUUUUCCCAGAUGUUAGAUUCAUGGCGCCAUGGCACGGUAUGUUUUGCGAACCCGAACAACAGAAUACUUCAAUGGGCGCUACGAUCAAAGGCUAA